UUGAUUUGACUCCACCCAUUCACAUUGUCCGGCCUCCGUCUCUUCCUCUCCUCGGCCAGACCUCAGUGUACGGUCGGACGUCGGGAGGUGAGGUAGUGUCAGCUGUCGCUCCCAGCCGUUGUGUUUGUUGCCGCGAGAAUCUUGGAUAACUAAUUGUCUCGACGAAGUUCCCUUGACAGGGCUCGUUUUUGCCCGAGAUAUUUCUGGGACCACUCCAGAUUAUCCGUAGUCCGGUGAAAAAUGUGUUUCAAAAUUUAAGUGAUUACCUAGUGUUAAAUUGGAGAUCGUCCAAGGCCUCUCACGUUCAGUGAAGUCGUAACAGUGUCGUCGAAUGUGAAGCAAAUGGUUCUUCUUCUGUCCGUCUGUCUCGCAUCGUUUUGUGUCUCAUGUGAUUGAUUUGUGAAUUUUCUCGUGCAUAGUUUUUCUCAUUAGAGCUCGCACAGAUAUCAUCCUCAGAGUGAGGAGGAGGAGGGGCUUUCGGAAACCUACCUGUUCUUGUGUUUUGUAUUUUGAGUGUAUUAGAAUUAGGAAUAGGCCUAUGGUUCAUAGAGAGGUGGUCGGUCUAGAGACUGGAACGAUGAUGAUGUUACGGCGAAGAAGUCUGGUUCUCUUGGCCGCGUUGCUGCUGACGUGUGCGGCCAGCGGCGUGGAUUCGGCAGGAGGCUACCUGAAGAUGUUCGAUGCCCAGCACAACCCGCCCGAUCCUUGCUACGACGAAGCAGGCGCCCGUCCCAAGAAGUGCAUCCCAGAUUUCAUCAACGCCGCCUUCGGCCGCAGCGUCGAGGCCUCCAGCACGUGCGGCACACCGCCCUCCAGGUACUGUGUGACUACUCAGGAGAAGGGCGAGGUCAACCGCAGCUGUCACUUGUGCGACGCCUCUGACCCAGCUCGCGCCCAUCCGCCGCAUUACCUGACUGACCUGAACAAUCCCAACAACCUGACCUGUUGGCGCUCGGCUGCCAUUGACCCCGCCAACCCCGACAAUGUCACGCUGACCCUGUCCCUGGGGAAGAAGUACGAGCUGACGUACAUCAGCCUCCAGUUCUGCGGCCAGAAGCCCGACUCCCUCUCCAUCUACAAGUCCAUGGACUACGGCCGCACGUGGCACCCGUUCCAGUACUACUCGUCCCAGUGCCGCAAGGUCUACGGCCGCCAGAACCGCAUGGUCAUCGGCAAGGCCAACGAACAGGAGGCCCUGUGCACGGAUGCCCGCCUGAGUCACAGCGACCCCCUGACAGGAUCGGACACCGGCCGGAUAGCCUUCAGCACCCUCGAGGGGAGACCAUCGGCCUACGAUUUCGACUCCUCGCCGGUGCUGCAGGACUGGGUGACGGCGACGGACAUCAAGGUGGUUCUGAACCGUCUGCACCCGGAGCUGGACGAGGCCACGGCCGACAACGAAAGCGUGGCGGAGGAGAGUUACAGCUACGCCAUCGCUGACCUGGCCGUUGGAGGCCGCUGCAAAUGCAAUGGUCACGCCUCUCGGUGCAUCCCGGACAAGACCACGGGCGAGCUCGUCUGUGACUGCGCCCACAAUACGGCCGGUCGGGACUGCGAGAAAUGCAAGAGAUUCCACUUCGACCGUCCUUGGGGACGAGCAACCGCUCUUGAGGGCAACGAAUGCGUAGGUGGGUGAUGAUUGCAGGAAUUAACUCAGAUUGGUUUUAAGGUAGAAGCAGGAUUAUGAUUAACGAGAAGGUGAUUCAGCGCCUCUUCCUUGCGCAUCAACUUUAACGGUAUGUGUGGGCAUUCUGUACGUAAUUUAUCCAUACAA